UUCCCUAUCAUCCGAUUUUCUUAUUUUCUUUUAGGAUUAAUUAGUAGACGUUAAACUUAACAUUAAUUAACACGUUCCCUGUGGAUACGAUACCCAUUAUAUUUGCCUAUUACUAUCGAUCUUGUGCACUUGCAAGUAUAGGGUUUUAAAAACUAGAUAUAAAAUCGCUAUCAAAUUUUUGGCGUCGUUGCCGGGGAACGGUGUUUGGUUAGUAUAGUUUAUUAGUUUACUAUUUUAGUCUUUAGUCUAGAGUGUCUUUAUUUUUAUUUUAUUUUCUUUCUUGCUUAUUGUUUACUAGCCUUAGCUUAAAAAAAAAAAAAAACCACAAAAAAAAAAAAAAAAAUUUGUUUUUAGUGUUUCUAGCGUAAUAAUUAGUUUUUAGUAAUUUUAUAAUUUUUGAUAUUGUUUAUUUCUUUGUUUACUUUUUUUUUUUCGUAUUUUAUCAUUCAAGUUCUAAUUUUCUGUUUCAAGCAUACUGACAUUGUGUUUGCAGGUUGCUUUAAGUGAUCUUGCUGAGAUUCUGUUCACGGUGAAGGUUUGCUGGAAAUAGGUUUCAGGUUUAUUCAUUUCAGUUAGCAUUUUGGUUUUUUUAUUUUUUUUAAUUAUUGUUUUUGUAUUGGUUUUAUGCUUCAUCGUAGGUCUUUGUCACUUGAUUUGAUUCCAUACGACCCUGAAAUAGAAAGAACGCUUAGGAAAUUAAGAGCUUUUGUGAAGGAUAAUAAGUCAAGUAUUUCAAAUUUUAACUCUAAAAUCGAUACUGAAUUAAAAAUGGCUGAGGAACCACCUAGACAACUUAGUGAGUACUUUACUCCUGGCACUUACACUUCACCUAUUGGUAAUAGAUUACCUACUAUUGAUGGAAAUUUCGAGAUUAAGCCACAAAUUAUUCAAAUGCUUCCUAAUUUUUAUGGUCUUGAAUCUGAAAAUCCAUAUAAGCAUAUUGAUGCAUUUUUGGAAGUAUGUUCAACUUUUAAUAUUCCUAAUAUUUCUCCUGAUUCUAUUCGUAUGCGAUUGUUUAAUUUUUCUUUAAAAGAUAAGGCUAAAGAAUGGCUUAAUACUAAGCAAAAUUUAACGACUUGGGCUCAAUUGCAAAGAGACUUUUUAAAGAAAUUUUAUCCGAUUGGUAAAUUAAGUGCUAUGAGACGUGCGAUAACUACUUUUUCUCAAAAUCCUAAUGAACAAUUUCAUGAGGCAUGGGAAAGGUUUAGGGGUUUAUUACGUGAAUGUCCACAUCAUGAAGUUCCUCAAUGGCAAUUGAUACAUAGCUUUUAUUAUGGCCUUAAUGAACAUAAUCAACAAAUGAUAGAUGCUUCUUGUGGUGGUAACUUUAUGCAAAAGAAUUCUGACCAAGCAUGGCAAUUAUUUGAAGAUCUAAGUGAAAAUUCUUUACAACAUGCCACUUCUUCUCGUAACGUUUCAUCUAGAUCUCUAGGAGGUAAAGGUGGAAUCUAUGAAGUUUCGCACACUCAUGAUCUUGCUUAUAAAGUUGAUAUUCUUACUAAGAAAAUGGACCAAGUAGAUCUUUUGAAUAAGAAGAUUGAUCACCUAGUGAAUGCUAACAAUAUGCAUGUUAAUUCUUCUAACGCUCAAGAAGUGUGUGCAACAUGUUCUAGUCCUGGUCAUUUAUCUUAUAAUUGCCCUUUGAGUUUUUCUGAGGUGCCACAGGAACAAGUAAAUGCAGCUCAAGGGUAUCCUCAAUACAACAAUCCAUAUUCGAACACAUAUAAUCCAGGGUGGAGGAAUCAUCCCAACUUUUCAUGGAAGCAACAAGGUGGAGAUAUGCAGCAAGGGCAAAGAUCCAACCAAAUGGGUCAAACAGGUAUGAAUCCUCCUGGUUUUCAAGGUCAAAGGUACAAUUCUCAACCUACACAACCUUCUAGUAGCAAUUCUGACUUGGAUAAGAUUAUUUCCGCUUUAGGGGCUGUGACUACUAGUGUUAAAAAUAUUGAAAAUAAAAUGCAUGUUGUUGAUUCUCACACACAGUCCAUAGCCAAGCUUGAGACACAAAUUGGUCAAUUAGCUAAUGUGAUUGGUAAAAGAGAUGAUGGUAAAUUACCUAGUAAUUCAAUUGAGAAUCCUAAGAACCAUAAUUAUGAACAAGCUAAAGCGGUGAUGACUCUUAGGAAUGGUAAAGAGGUAGAUAAUGUAGUGAUGGAAAAGAAUAAUGCUAAUUCUAAUGCUUCAUUGAGUAAGGAAGAUAAAACUAAUAAGGCAAAUGUGGAUUCAUCUUCUUCUUCUAAUGUGUCUAAAUCUUCAACUUCUAUUCCAUAUGAGCCUAGAGUUCCUUAUCCGCAAGCUUUAGAUGCACCCUCUCCUUAUGGAAAGAAUAAGCAAAAAGAAGACAUUUUAGAAACAUUUAAACAAGUUCAAAUUAAUUUACCGCCUUUAGAUGCUAUUAAGCAAAUUCCAGCUUACGCUAAAUUUCUAAAAGACAUGUGCACCUAUAAAAGGAAAUCAAAAGCGAAUUGUUCUAAAAAAGUUAUUUUAAGUGAGCAGGUAAGUUCUAUUUUGCAAUUUAAUUAUGCACCUAAGUUUAAAGAUCCAGGAGUUCCGACCAUUUCUUGUUAUAUUGGUGACCAUAAAAUUGAAAAGGCACUCUUAGAUUUAGGCUCAAGUGUUAAUUUGAUUCCUUAUUCUGUUUAUGAGCAACUAGGCCUAGGUGAGUUACAACCUUCUAAUUGCACUCUCCAAUUAGCAGAUCGAUCUGUUAAAGUUCCCAGAGGUAGAAUUGAUGAUGUUUUAGUAAAAAUUGAUAAAGGAGUCUUUCCAGUAGACUUUGUUGUGUUAGACAUGGAGGUUGGUCAACCAUCUAAAAAUAUUCCUGUCAUUCUUGGUCGUCCAUUUUUAGCGACCGCUGAUGCUACUAUUAAUUGUAGGUCUGGAGAAAUGGAUGUUUCUGUUUUAAAUAUGCGAAUAAGGUUGAAUAUCUUUAAAGCCUCUUCUCAUCCUACUAGUGAAAAUGAGUCUGAAUGUUUCUUUGUGGAUGUUAUUGAUGAAUUAGUUGAAGAAGCUUUGCCGGUAAUAAUUUCUAAGGAUUCUCUUGAAACUAAUUUGUCACAUGAGAACUUAAAGUAUUUUGAUAUUGAAGAUUUGACACAUGAGUUAAUUUCCCCUCUUGAUAUAACUCCAUCUCUAGAAACAUCUUCUUGGGUAUCUAGGCAUGAGCCUUUACCACCUCUUUCGGAGUCUCCAGCAUUACCGUCUAUUAUGUCACCUCCAAAUCUUGAGUUAAAGGCUCUUCCAUCAAAUUUAAAGUAUAUUUUCCUAGGUUCUAAUGAGACUUUACCUAUUAUAAUAUCUUCUGAGCUAUCUAAUGAACAAGAGUUGGCAUUGCUUAAGGUUUUGUCUGAUCAUAAAAAGGCUAUAGGUUGGUCGAUUGCAGAUCUAAAGGGUAUUAGUCCUUCUAUUUGUAUGCAUAGAAUCUUUUUAGAAGAGAAUGCUAAGCCCACUAGGGAGAUGCAACGUAGGUUAAAUCCACAUAUGAAAGAAGUCGUUAUGAAGGAAGUAGUUAAAUUGUUAGAUGCAGGGAUCAUUUAUCCAAUUUCUGAUAGUCAGUGGGUCAGUCCUGUGCAAGUUGUGCCUAAGAAAUCUGGGAUCACAGUUGUUAAAAAUAGUGAGGGUGAGCUUGUACCUACUAGAGAGACCACAAGUUGGAGAGUUUGCAUUAACUAUAGGAAGCUUAAUUCGGUGACUAGGAAAGAUCAUUUCCCACUACCUUUUAUUGAUCAAAUCUUAGAAAAAUUAGCGGGUCAAAGUUAUUAUUGCUUUCUUGAUGGUUAUUCUGGUUAUAAUCAAUUGGCUAUUUAUCCCGAAGAUCAAGAGAAAACUACAUUUACAUGUCCCGCGGGUACUUUUGCUUUUAGAAGAAUGCCUUUUGGUUUAUGUAAUGCACCUUCUACAUUUCAACGAUGCAUGAUGUCUAUUUUCUGUGAUAUGGUUGAUAAAUUUUUAGAGGUGUUUAUGGAUGACUUUUCAGUUUUUGGACCUUCAUUUGAUGAGUGUUUAAGUAAUUUGAAUGAUGUUUUGCAAAGAUGUGAAGAGGUUAAUCUUGUUUUAAGUUGGGAAAAGAGUCACUUCAUGGUUAGAGAAGGCAUUGUUUUGGGUCACAAAAUUUCAAAGAAGGGAAUUCAAGUAGAUAAAGCUAAAGUUGAUCUUAUUUCUAAUCUACCUAUUCCUACUUCUGUUAAGCAUGUUAGAUCUUUCUUAGGCCAUGCAGGUUUUUAUAGAAGGUUUAUUAAAGAUUUUAGUAAGCUUGCUAGGCCACUUACUUCUCUCCUUGCUAAAGAUUCUACUUUUUCUUUUGAUGAAUCUUAUGUUGAAUCUUUUGAGAAGAUUAAAUCGUUGCUUGUUUCAGCACCUAUAGUACAACCACCUGAUUUUUCUUUACCUUUUGAAAUUAUGUGCGAUGCUUCUGAUUAUGCUAUAGGUGCGGUACUUGGUCAAAAGGUGAAUAAAGUUCCUCAUGUAAUUUAUUAUGCUAGUAGAACUCUCACAGAUGCUCAAAAGAAUUAUUCUACUACUGAAAAAGAGUUAUUAGCUAUCGUGUUUGCCUUGGAUAAAUUUCGCUCAUAUCUUUUGUGCUCUAAAGUUAUAAUAUAUUCUGAUCAUGCCGCUUUAAGGUAUUUAUUAUCUAAGAAAGAGUCAAAACCUAGGUUAAUUAGGUGGAUUCUAUUAUUACAAGAAUUCGAUCUUGAAAUUAGAGAUAAAAAGGGGUCUGAAAAUGCAGUGGCUGACCAUUUGUCCAGAAUUUUACUUGUGCAGAAUGCUGACAUUUCUUUGCAGGACAAUUUUCCUGAUGAGCAAUUGUUCGCUGUUUCACACACGCAUUUCCCAUGGUUUGUGCAUAUUGUUAAUUACCUUGCUUCUGGUAAGAUACCUUCUCAAUGGUCUAAACAGGAGAAGGAUAGGUUCUUUUCGCAGGUUAAGCAUUAUUUUUGGGAAGAUCCAUACUUGUUUAAAUAUUGUUAUGAUCAAGUGAUUCGUAGAUGUGUGCCUGAGUGUGAAAUCCCUGAUAUUUUAACUUUUUGUCAUUCUUAUGCAUGUGGUGGGCAUUUUGGUGGUCGUAGAACAGCUGCUAAAGUACUUCAAAGUGGGUUUUAUUGGCCGACUAUAUUUAAAGAUGCACAUAAAUUUUCUAUUGCAUGUGAAAGAUGUCAGAAAACUGGAGCUAUAUCACGUCGUAAUAUGAUGCCUCUUAAUCCUAUUUUAAUUGUUGAGAUUUUUGAUGUGUGGGGUAUAGACUUUAUGGGUCCAUUUCCACUUUCUUUUGGCUUUACUUAUAUACUAGUUGCUGUUGAUUAUGUGUCUAAAUGGGUAGAAGCUAAAGCAACUAGAACUAAUGACCAUAAAGUAGUAAUGGACUUUGUUAAAGAUAAUAUAUUUUGUCGAUUUGGAGUACCUAGAGCCCUUAUUAGUGAUGGGGGUAAUCAUUUUCUUCAUCGUGCAUUUGAGUCAUUGCUUAAAAAGUACAAUGUGACACAUAAAGUAGCUACUCCUUAUCACCCUCAAACUAGUGGUCAAGUAGAAGUGUCUAAUCGUGAGAUUAAAUCUAUUCUUGAGAAGACAGUUAGGCCGGAUAGAAAAGAUUGGUCUUUGAGGUUAAAUGAUGCACUUUGGGCUUAUCGUACCGCAUUUAAGACUCCUAUAGGAAUGUAACCUUAUAGAUUAGUUUAUGGGAAGGCUUGCCACCUCCCUGUUGAGUUAGAACAUAGAGCAUUUUGGGCUACUAAAGCUUUUAACUUUGACAUGAAACAAGCUGGUUCUAAUCGUCGUCUUCAAUUAAAUGCACUAGAAGAAUUGCAAAAUGAUGCCUAUGAGAAUGCUCAGAUUUAUAAAGCAAAAACUAAAGCUUUUCAUGAUAAACAUAUUGCUAGAAAAUCUUUUGAACCAAAUCAGAAAGUUUGGCUUUACAACUCUAAGCUUAAAUUUUAUCCAGGAAAGUUACGGUCUAGAUGGGAUGGUCCAUUUGUUGUUGAACAGGUGUUUCCUUCUGGCGCUAUACAGAUUUCUGACCCACGAGAUGGUCGUGUUCUCAUGGUUAAUGGGCAACGACUGAAGCAUGCUGUAUCUAAUGAUGUUGAGGAAGGUCUUAUUGAGUCCAUUAAUUUGGUGGACCCUGUUUACAUUGAUUGAGUGUUCUGGCUAAGUCUGGCUGAAGACUUUUAAACUUAGCGCUAACUGGGAGGCAACCCAGCAUUUUGUUUAUGUUUUUAUUUAUUUCUUCUUAUGAUGUCUAGUUUCAUUUCGUUUCAUAGUUACUGGUUUUACUGUAAUGUUUUGUAGGUCUUUUGUGGGUGUUUGUACGCUGAUGCAUGCUGACCAAAACACUUGCCGCUGCAGUUUUGUGCUUCAUUUCAGUAGUAGUGAUCCAGCAUCUAGCACUCUCCGUUCUCGUCAUUUGGCCAUAUUUCUACAUUGCAUUCGCCAGGUUGUGUUGCUCCAUCUUACUUAUUUUAUGCUUUUCUUUUAUUAUCUUCUCGCAUUGAGGACAAUGCAAUGAAUAAGUGUGGGGGAGUACGAGACAAAUUUGGUGCAUAAAGGUCACAUUUGAUAUAUUUGUUGUUAUUGUGGUGAGAUGGUUGUUAUGUUAUAAUGAUGAGAUUUUGUGUUUGGCUGUCAUAUUGGUAAUUAUAUGCUUGAGAUACAGGUUUUAAAUUUUAUGGCAUAAAAAUUGCCGGUUGUCCAAUUUACGGGGAGGUGCUGUCGAAAUUUGUCUAGAAUUUUUGUGUUCGUUUUCUUUUGUUAUUGGUAGUUUAUUUUUCCUCUUUUUAUUUUUGUUGAAAAGCGACAAUUGGACGAGGUUCACACCUUGUUAGAGACGCCCGGCUAUAUGCUUAGAAGGUAGUGCAUUCAAUUCACUUGCCUUCUACCGUCCACCACAUGGAAUUUAUUCCAUUCGAAGUUUACUUAUCAAAGUUUACUUCUCUUGUUGCAAUUCAACGAUUUUUUUUUCUUAUAUUUAUUUAUUUAUUUUUAAUUUUAAGUAGUUAGUAGCUAGAGUCUUAGUGUAGUAACAUUUUGAAUUUCUAUGCCUUAGUGUGAAACAAGUGAUUUUUCGAAAUAAAGAAAAGAUAUGAUUUAAGUUUUUUUUUUUCAUGAGUUAAUUUGCAUUGGAUUAGUAAUUCGAUAUGAUAGCGUAAUAUUCUUUUUAUGGCAAGGUUUGUGGUAAGAUGGUUUCGUUUUACCCAAGUGCGAGGAGACCUUUCAUAGUGACGUUUUGAACCCAGUGAGAAUUCGAGCCAUCAACCGUUUAAGACCGAUACUAUUUCGGUCUAGAUUAUUUUAUUCAUGUGUGUUUUAUCUCCUCCUUGGUUACUUAUAUCUUGAGUUUGCAUUGAUUCUCCCUAAGAUUGCAACUUAUACAUAUAUUUUAAAAAAAUAAUAAUUGAGGCAUUCUUUUCAUGUUAGAACUUUCAGAAUUUGUAAUUCACAUCUAUACACAAUCACUUUGUUUUACCCCUUUUGAGCCUUAUUGUCCAUUAUUUUCUUGUUUAACCAUACAUUACAAGCCUGCGACCUCCAACAUUAUUUACCCGAGCUUAGCUAAAUGGGGUCCUGUUCGAAUUGUUGAUGUAUAUGUUUUGGUGAAUGAAGAUGAUUCAAAGAUGAAAAGGGAAUUCAUAGAAAGAAAUCAAUGCAGAAGAAAAAAAAAAUUAUAAA